AUUAGAUAGCUCUAAUCACGUCGUGGUGCGAAAUAGCAAAGCAGUUCAUUUUAGGUUGUCAAUUGAAUCGCUAUAAGAGUUCAUGGUAGGCCCGCUGAGCUAUAUUGUGGGUGUACAGUGACCUGUCGCAUGUACAAAUUCAAUUCACUUAUUAACUAUACCUAGUGUUGGCAUAAAUACUGAAACAAAGAAAAAAAAAUGUUUUCUAUAGUAACAUUUAUCACUUUUACAGUGAGUUAGUUUAAUACAUUAAUAUAAAACAAUUUAAAAUAUAACCAGCUUAUUCGAAGUGGUCUCUAUUGGCUGCAAUACAGUCCUUUAAACGUUGAGAUCAGUUGUCAAUAAAAGCACGCACUCUUUCGAUGGGAAAAUUCUUCACUGCCGAUCGUACGGAUUGUUUUAGGAACUCCAAAUUAUCAUGGCGUUUAGAGCAAACCGUACUCUCUAAAACUGACCAUAAAUCAUAUUCCAGUGGAUUAAGAAAGAGACUAGGCGACGGCCAGUCUUCACUUCUGAUUAAGUCCGAAACGUUCGUUUCCAAUCAAGACUGUGUUGACCGAGAUUUAUGAUCCGGUGCCGAGUCUUGCUGGAAGGACCAUUCUUGGUUAUUGACCAUCACUGAAGUCGGACAGUGCCCACGUUUCACUCUUCCGACUAAUUGGGAAGCUUCCUUAGCGCUUUGAGCAUAAAUAUGGUCAUUUUGUUUGUUUAAAUGUUGCUCUGUGACCUCCCUUUGCAUACCGCUUCAGUAGCUGUUUCGCUUUUACCACCCUAUUAUAUUUUAAAUUAUCAGUUAAAAAAUGACCAGUAUGUCUUUUAUAGGCUGUAAGUCCUAAGUCAUCUUUUAAAAUACGAGACAUGGUUCUAGGAGCUAUCUUCAUUUCCCGCGAUAAAAUUUUUGCUUUCGGACCGGAUUUAUUCGAAUUCUUUCCCUUACUGCUUUAACCACCUUUUUCGUACGAACUCAACGUGGACGGCCAGAUCUUUUUCUGUCACAAACAGAGGUCAUACCUAUUAAUAGCCCGAUACACAAAUAUUUUACUAAUACCAAACGUAUAGAGAGUUUUACAAAUUGCAUUUGACUCCAUAUCUACUUUGUGUAAGUUUUAAUGUAAUCGCAGCGAUUCGAUUCUCUUUUUACCCCGCUCCAUUAUAAUAUCGCAAAAUACUGUACAUUGCAUUGGCGCCAAAUUGAGGAAACUCAAUGAACAAUCAUAUAAAAAUGAUAGUUUCCAAAUUCAAAUGUAAUAUUUUGUUGUUUUUUUAAUUGUAACAAUAUUUAUGGUCAGACUAAGUACUACAACAUACCAAUUAUAGAUACUUACAACCUAUGAAUAUAAAUCUACCUAUAUUAUAGGAAUAGAAAAGUAAUAUAUUUUAUCUUACAGUUGGAGCAAGCAUCAAGCACGAUAUAAACAUAAACAAAAAAAAUUGUAUAAUGAAACAAUACUAUAAAACUAGAGAUAUAAAGUCAAAUAAUAGAAUACAUACUGGUGAAAAGUUUUAUUCUUGUAAAGAAUGUGGAAAGAGCUUCAAUAGAUCUGAUGUUUUCCAGAGACACAAUAGAAUGCAUACUGGUGAAAAGCCAUAUUGUUGUAAAGUAUGUGAUAAGAGCUUCAAUCGAUCUGAUGAUUUGAAGAGACACUAUACAAUACAUACUGGUGAGAAGCCAUAUUCUUGUAAAGAGUGUGGUAAGAGCUUCAGUCAAUCUCGUGGUUUGAAGAUACACAAUAGAAUACAUACUGGUGAAAUGCCAUAUUCUUGUGAUGCGUGUGGUAAGAGCUUCCAUAGAUCUGAUGAUUUAACCAUACACAAUAGAAUACACAGUGGUGAAAGGCCAUAUUCUUGUAAUGUUUGCGGUAAGAGUUUCAGACUUAUACAAAAUUUAAAGGUACAUAACAGAAAACAUACUGGUGUAAAGCCAUAUUCUUGUAAAGAAUGUGGUAACAGCUUCAAUCAAUCUGGUGAAUUGAAGAUACACAACAGAAAACACAGUGGAGAAAAGCCAUAUUCUUGUAACGAAUGUGGGAAGAGUUUCAGAGUUAAGCAAAAUUUAGAGAUACACAAUAGAAUACACACUAAUGAAAAGCCGUAUUCUUGUAAAGAAUGUGGUAAGAGCUUCAGUCAAAUUAGUCAUUUACAAUCACACCAUAAAAUACAUACUGGUGAAAAGCCAUAUUCUUGUAAAGAAUGUGCUAAGAGCUACAAUCGAUCUGAUGAUUUGAAGAGACACAAUAGAGUGCAUACUGGUGAAAGGCCAUAUUCUUGUGAUGAAUGCGGUAUGGGUUUCAGGCUAAAGCAGCAUUUAAAGGCACACAACAGAAAACAUACUAGUGAAAAGCCAUAUUCUUGUAAUGAAUGUAGUAAGAGCUUCUAUAGAUCUGGCGAUUUGAAGAUACACAAUAGAAUACACACUGGUGAAAAGCCAUAUUCUUGUAGUGAAUGCGGUAAGAGUUUCAGGCUUAAGCAAAAUUUAAAGGUACAUAAUAGAUUACACACUGAUGAAAAGCCAUAUUCUUGUAAUAUUUGUGGUAAAGCCUUUAAUCAAAAUGGCCAACUGCAGUCACACCAUAGAAUUCAAUCAAUUACCGGCUUUACUUACAUAUGUUAUCUUACAGAUUUGAAAAUAGACAAUAGAAUACAUACUAGUGAAAAGCCAUAUUCUUGUGAUGAAUGUUCAAAGAGCUUCAAUCGAUCUGAUGAUUUGAAGAAACACAAUAGAAUCCACACUGGUGAAAAGCCAUAUUCUUGUGAUGUGUGUGAGAAAAGCUUCAGUCAAUAUGGCCAUUUACAAUCACACAAUAGAAUACAUACUGGUGAAAAGCCAUAUUCUUGUGAAGAAUGUGGUAAGAGCUUUAAUCGAUCUGAAACUUUGAGGAAACACAAUAGAACACAUACUGGUGAAAAGCCAUAUUCUUGUAAUAUUUGUGGUAAAAGCUUUAGUAAAAGUGGGCAUUUACAAUCACACCAUAGAAUACACACUGGUGAAAAGCCUUAUUCUUGUAAAGAAUGUGGUAAGAGCUUUAAUCGAUCUGAAACUUUGAAGAAACACAAUAGAAUACAUACUGGUGAAAAGCCAUAUUGUUGUAAUAAAUGUGGUAAAAGCUUCAGUCAAAAUGACCAUUUACAAUCACACCAUAGAAUGCAUACUGGUGAAAAGCCUUAUUCUUGUAAGGAAUGUGGUAAGAGCUUCAGUCGAUCUGAAGGUUUGAAAAAACACAAUAGAAUACAUACUGGUGAAAAACCAUAUUCUUGUCAUGAAUGUGGUAAGAGCUUCAAUCGAUCUUAUGAUUUGAAGAGACACAAUAAAAUACAUACUGGCGAAAGGCCAUAUUCUUGCAAUAAAUGCGGUAAGAGUUUCAGCCUUAAGCAAAAUUUAAAGGUGCACAAUAAAAUGCACACUGAUGAAUAUCUAACAACACUCAAUGAGUUAGUUGCCGUUAGACCUAACACACUAAAUCAAAAUGGGCUAAGCUGUAAUAUUUUCCAAAAACUAAUUGUUGUAAUUUGUAAAAUACUCAAUAAUAUAUUUUAUCUUACAGUUGAAGGAUAUAUCAAGCAUAAUAUAAAGAAAAACAAAAAAGAAAUCUUAAUGCAACAACACAAUCAACAUCAUAAUUUGAAGAAACACAACAGAAUAUAUUCUGGUGCAAAGCCAUAUUCUUGUAAAGAAUGUGGUAAGAGCUUCAAUCGAUCUGAGGAUUUGAAGAGACACAAUAGAAUACACACCGGUGAAAAGCCAUAUUCUUGUGAUUUAUGUGGUAAAAGAUUCAGUCAAUAUGGCCAUUUACAAUCACACCAUAGAAUACAUACCGGUGAGAAACCAUAUUCUUGUAAUAUUUGUGGUAAGAGCUUCAAUCAAUCUGGUGAUUUGAAGAAACACAAUCGAAUACACACUGGUAAAAAGCUAUAUACUGGUGAGUCUCAUUCGUGUAAUAUAUGUGGUAAAAGCUUCAGUCAAAAUGGCAAAUUACAAAUACACUAUAGAAUACAUACUGGUGAGAAGCCAUAUUCGUGUUAUGAAUGUGGUAAGAGCUUCAGUCAAUCUGGUGAUUUGAAGAAACACAAUCGAAUACACACUGGUGAAAAGCCAUAUUCUUGUGAUAUAUGUGGUAAAAGCUUCUGUCAAUAUGGCCAUUUACAAUCACACCAUAGAAUACAUACUGGUGAGAGGCCAUAUUCUUGUAAUUUAUGUGGUAAGAGUUUCCAUCGAUCUGGUGAAUUGAAGAGACACAAUAGAAUACACACUGGUGAAAAGCCACAUGCUUGUAAUAUGUGUGGUAAGAGUUUCAAUCGAUUUUGUGAGUUGAAGAGACACAAUAGAAUACACACUGGUGAACUGCAAUAUUAUUGUAAUGGGUGUGGUUAAAGUUUCAAUGCACAUAAGAAUUUAGUGUCACAAUAGAAAACAAACUGCUGAAAGGCCAUAUUCUUGUAAAUAAAGUGGUAAGAGCUUCAAUCGUUCUGAUGUUUUGCAGAGACAUAUUAUUGUAAAGAAUGUGGUAAGGGCUUCAAUCGAUCUCGUGAUUUGAAGAUACACAAUAGAAUGGGUGUGCAUUGUGUUACAUAACUUUUCGACUUCAAUCAUCGAAUUUUUCAUACCAUUUUAAGUCAUAAUGAUCAUUCUUCAUAAAAUAUUGACAAGUAAAAAAAGACGAGUGGCACUCGAGGACUGCCGCGGUAAAGCUAUUGCAUAGCAUUUUUCAUCAACUUAUGCAAUUAUAAUUAUUUAUUUAUCUUAUUUAUGCAGAUUUUUUUUUGAUAAAAUUAAUUUUAAAAAAAGCAAACGGGAAGUGAGUAAAAUUUAACUUGCAAGAUUUGAUUACAGAGAGACAACGGGGAAAAAAAAAGAAAUUAAAAAAAAUCAAGAUGUACCCCAGGCUCGAACCUGCAUAUAAAGCAUACGUGAUAACCGCUGUUCCACCGCAACUGUAAUGACCGCGGCGAAAUAUCUGUAUACAUCUAGUAAGUGUUAGGUUAUUUUCGUUACGGAAUUUCUGGAUUCGGUCUCCACGCUCAAGGCCCGCGAUAGAAGCUAUGCAAUAGCUUAAUAAUAAUAAAAAUAUUAUCAUUGAAAUUCAUAAUAUCACUAAUUAUACACUUACUUUUAACUAAUAUUUGUUUUAAUAUAUUCAUUUAUACUAAUGGUCUAAACUCAUAAGCAUUCCAAUAAAUAACUAUAAUAUUCAUAAAU